AUGCCAGCAGAAACUGAGGCUUCUGAUUGCAUUGUAGCUUCAGCCAAUGUCCCAGUAGUAGGCAGUCAUAAUCGGCAAGUCAGUCUUCACGUGGGCGACCAUCUCCUACUUGAAUGUCCCAUAUGGGGGUCAAGUGAGGGACCAGUUCACUUGGGAAGCGAAAACCAACCCUCAUCUUUCCAUGAUGGGGGUCUUAUGAAUGAUAUUAUCUAUCAGUGGAACAUUCAGGGACUUCCAGAAUAUGCCGUGGCUAUGGACACGCGUUUCCGCUUCCUUGAGGGCGGACGGGUAGUCGAAUUAACCCAGCCGGUGACCAAGUCGGACGCUGGUAUUUACCAAUGCUCAGGGGUGACUGGAUUUGGUCAGAAGAAAGUCGAUUUUGAAGUUCAUGUUGCUGAUACAAAUGACAACCUCAUCUGCGUCAAGGCCUAUCCUGGAGCCACGGAUCGCAAUCAAGCUUUGUGCCUGAUGGACCCUAACCUUCGACCUGACACCAUAAUGACAACCGAGGCGGAGCUGGGAUCAGCCGUCGAUCUGAGCUGCGAGGCCAUCGGCCGGGAGCCCAUCAAGUAUCUCUGGUUCAUGGGGAACGCCGUGGCUGACUGGAUAUCAAGCAAUCAGGGUGUUCGCGGUCCCACUUUACACAUCGAACGCGUAGGUCGAGAACAUAUAGGUCAAUACGUAUGUCAAGUGAAAAACCCGAUCGGCACCCUUAAUUACACCUUUCGCCUCACUGUCAAAGAGCCGCCUUCUGCGAUCCCGAGGAUAAUUGGUGAAGUGGAGAACCAAACUCUCAUAGUAGGAUCCAGCGGGGUACUGACGUGUCGUGUUAAAUGCUCUUGCACAGAACCAAUUAUUCAGGUGCGUUCACACCAUUCUACGUAG